AUGGCUCAGUCGCCUUCGAAUGUGUCGAUAAAUGUAGAGGAUGAUCAACAGCCAUCGAAUUCGUUAAGUCCAAAGCAACAGCUUUUAGCACGUUUUCAACUUCACAAACAACAUCGGAAGGACAAAGAGCGACGUGUGCAGCAAACUCGUGCUGCUGUAGUCGCUCGUGCGAAUCGCAAAGCUGCAGCGACAGCUUCAAUUGAGAAGCAGCAUAAAGUUCAAGCUGAUUUGACACGGGUGGAUCAUAAUAAUCGUCCACAUCGGUGGAAAUCAGCUGAAGAAAUCCUUCGAGAGCACGACAUACGAAUUCAACAACAUAAACUUACAGCUGCAGCUCCUGUGCGUCCAUUUCCAGGAAAGUUACGUAAUCAACUUAUUGAUACUAGUGUGGCUCAAAAUGCAACAACCUCCACGGAUACGAUAUCUAAUGACUUUGAUGACGAAACCAUUUGGCAACUAGACCAAUCUCAAUUUCCAUUACAUGAAUUUGAUAGUAAUGAAUACGAAGCAUACACGCCAUAUGAAUGGCUUGAGAAAGAGCACAGAGGUGCAUCACCGUAUUUCUUUCGAAAUGAAUGGCGUUGGAGGAGUUGUGAGGUGCUUAAGUAUAGUGAAAGUCGGGAGCAAUAUCUUGUGCGAUUUUUAGGCUCUGAUAAAGAAAAAUAUGUGCGUCGGAUCAAUUUACGUUUCGAAAGCGAGUCAAUUGUGACAUUUGAAAAGCGUAUAGCUGCAGCAAGAGCGCGUAGAGAUACGGUGAAAGCAAUGUUACGAUUUGAUGCUUUCUUAGCAAGACAUGACAACUCGUCGGACUUUCGUGCAAUGGAUCGAGCAACUUUGGAAAGUAUUCAUGCUCGAGUUAUAGCGGGAUUGCCCGAGCGGGUUGCUUUAGUUGACUCAAAUCCAACGGCAUUUGUACUGAGACAACUCACUGACGCUGCCCUUGAAGAUUAUAUGCGGAGUAUGAAAAAGACGGCGUUAUUAUCGAAAAUACGGCAGGAUCCAGCUCUUCAAGCACGAUUUCGAGGUUUAGAUAUCACAAAGAAGCCAAGUGAGCGAGAAACUCCCAAGUAUGGUAAGGUAGCUGUUCCAGCGCACGAGUUUAGUCGAAAUCGACGACGUCUGAGCACCAAUCUAUUCACGACUUCACCUCAAUUACUUGUCAUCUUGCGACGAAUGUACAUGGGCUGGGAUAAAACGUUUCAGAAGCUACUUUUGGUACACAUUGAUUUGGAAAAUGCUACUGGAAAUCUUGAUACAUCAGAGGCAGCAACUCUAGCGUCACAAAUGCCGUUCCGAGUGCUGGAUUUUCAAGCUUUGCAAGCUGCACACAGUAACAAAGUCGCCGGGAUUCUACUCACUGACUGGAGACGUGCAUUGGUGGAAACUAUGAUUGAUAAUUUACAAGAUCACUUUGAUUUGUUUCUGUCCGACCGAAAAGUGUACGAUGGUAGCCGACUCAAACGUAUUUUAACAGGACUCGAAGCUCGUCUUUCCGCUCAAUUGCGUCAACUUAUGCAUCGAUCGAUUGAAGAAUGGAAGUGUUUUGUACGACAGUACGCAGAGAGUGGUAGGCACGGAAGAGUGAACGACAAAAACAACAGUCAUGAGAAUCAGAAUGUGACGCUUAAAGGUAUUCGAACACACUCACAGCAUGCGAAACGAACGUUGUGCCGCUCGUUGUUUAGCGUUCAACUCGUGUUUGUUAGCGGUAAAGUCGUGGUGGAGCCGUCAGCUCAAGAUGUGAUAACAGCGCUAGUGGGACCGCUCGAUGCCAUUGCGAGUACAGUGCAAGAAAUCGACCGGCUUGAUUGCGACAUCAUGAGCCUCUUAAGUCUCGAUCGAAGACCGCUGCUUGACUUAGGUUUUGAAAAAGAAGAGUCAGGUGGUCGUACAGUGUGCGCUGAUUGUCUUGAUGCUCUCGAAGCGGCAAAAGCAAGCAUUCACCAGAAUGUUAGCCACGCCAUGCAGGCUGCACAAGCGUUGGCUGAUCAAUUUUCCUCCUUUACAGAUUCUGUACAUUUCGACACGUCUGCAUUCCUCGCAGAGCUGCAGCCGUUGCAACAAGCGGAUUUUGAGCUCGUCAAACAAGAUCACGAGUUAACAAGACAAGAACACGCGUACUUGCCGCGAUUGUGUGGACAAAUUCGGCGCUUUCAUCAUCUCGCGCGUCUUGUGGAUGAUAUUGCGCUUGACUUUGUCACGUUACCACUCGUUUGCGUCAACACGAGUGCUUUGAAACAGCAGCUGAGCGCUCAAGCACUAGCGAUACGUGAUACGCUUAUUUUGAGCUUACUUCGGGAUGCUAGAGCGCACAAUCUCGCCAUCACGGCACGGUACGCAGCGAUUUUGGCGCGUAUCAUGGAGAAGCCAGCAAAUGAAGCACAAUUGGCUCGAUUGAAGCAAUAUGUCGCCGAAAGUAAAGGCGUUAUGGUGGGCAUUGAACGUGAAGUUAUGCUGGUUCACGAACGGCUGGACGCACUGAAUGAAUUUUCGUACAAACUCUCAAUUGAAGAUUUUACGCUUGCUCAGUCUACGAAAGAGUGGCCUCGUAAAGUAACUUUUGCAGCAGAACAUUGUGAUUCUGCUUUAGAAGGAGAUAAGGUGCGGAUGAUGGAUCGUUUAGCGCUUGAAAAGGAAGCGUUUGAAAUCGAUUUAGAACGUUAUGAAAGCGAAGUUAAAGCAUUUACACGAUACGGCGACAUUGAACAAACAGAGAAGUACGUCGAAAUGGCUAUCACAUUGUUUGAUGCACUGCAAGACGCACGAACAAAGGCGCUGGACUUUAAUGCACGGGAAGCAGUCUUUAGCUUUCCUCCAACCGAGUACACGCCGAUACUUAUGAAAUUGGAAGCAGAAUUUGCUCCAUACUAUAAGUUAUGGACGAUGAGUGCUGAAUUUUCUUCUAGUUGCCAGAUGUGGCUGAAGGGAUCGUUCUUGGAACUACAAGGCAAAACAAUCGAGGCGCAAGUGACUGAGUGGUGGAAAACUUCGUACAAGCUGAGUAAAGCUCUUGUCGAUGACGCGCCGGAAUCAGCGGAAGUGGCUUUGAUUUUACGUGAACGCACAGAAGCUUUUAAAGCGUACUUACCUGUGAUUCAGUCGCUCGCGAGUCCAGCACUACAAGAACGACACUGGGACAAUAUUCGACGUACCGUUGGUUUUAAUGAAUCGGAAGAAGACUUAACACUACAAUUUUUACUUGAUCAUCAUAUCAUGCAACACUUAGAGACAACUCAAGAGAUUGGAACUUUUGCAGAGAAAGAAUACGCACUGCAAAAGAAUUUAAGCGGCAUGAUGGCAGAGUGGGAAUCUAUUGCGUUUGAGACUGUAGCGUACCGCGAGACGGGCACAUACUUGUUGCGCAACACUGAUGAUUUGGUGGCUCUUUUGGAUGAUCAUUUGGUCAAGACGCAGACAAUGCGUGGAUCGCCGUACAUUAAAAGUAUUGAUAAAGAUUGUAAAGCGUGGGAAAAGAAAUUGCAGUACUCCCAGCAAUUGUUAGACGAAUGGAUGGCCUGUCAACGGACAUGGUUGUACCUUGAAGCGAUCUUUAAUUCCGACGAUAUCAUGCGGCAAAUGCCUACGGAAGCUCGUCGAUUUGCUAGUGUCGAUGCGUUAUGGCGGAAAACAAUGGAUGAAACGGUGAGUGACCCGACAUUUCUUUCUGUUGUUGCAAUGGAUCAAUUGCUCGCCAAGUUUCAACGGGCAAACGAAAAGCUAGACGAGAUCCAGAAAGGAUUAAAUGAUUAUCUUGAAAUGAAGAGACUUCACUUUCCACGCUUUUUCUUCCUUUCGAACGAUGAAUUGCUAGAAAUUCUUUCUCAGACGAAAGAACCACGAGCUGUCCAGCCACAUUUAGGCAAAUGUUUUGAGGGGAUUUACAACGUUACAUUCCAGGACAAACCAUUAGUGAUUACUGAAAUGCGAUCCGCAGAAGGAGAAAUUGUACCAUUAAAACACGCUGUUAGCCCAGAAAGCCAGACGAAUAAAGGGAAUGUAGAGAUGUGGCUGCUUGAGGUUGAACAGAGUCAAUGGGAUACGAUCCGAGACCACACGGAGCGAUCCAUUGGUGCGUAUCUAUUGGAUGAACGCGAGACGUGGAUACUUCAGUGGCCUGCACAAGUCGUGCUUGCUGUCUCGCAAGUUUAUUGGACACAAGACGUGACGCGCGCGCUCAAUGCUGGAAAUGGAAGCAAGGGCAUUCAAGCGUACUUACAACAGUUAAAUACUCAAUUGGAGAUGAUUGUGAUGCUUGUUCGUGGUCAAUUGACGAAAUUAGAGCGUACAACAAUCGGAGCACUUGUUGUGAUUGAUGUCCAUGCACGCGAUACAAUAUCUCACAUGAUUGAAAAGGAAGUCGAGAGUGAUCAAGACUUUGAGUGGAUCUCCCAGCUUCGAUAUUACUGGACAGAGAGUGGAAAGAAUGGCAAUCAAUUGGACUUGCAAGCACGAAUUGUGAACGCUCGUGUUCAGUACGGCUAUGAGUACCUUGGAAAUACGAUGCGGCUGGUGAUUACGCCACUUACUGAUCGAUGUUAUCGUACAAUGAUGGGGGCUGUAGAUUUAAUGUAUGGCGGUGCACCUGAAGGACCAGCCGGGACGGGCAAGACAGAGACGGUGAAGGAUUUAAGUAAAGCAAUCGCAAUUCAGUGCGUCGUUUUCAAUUGUUCAGACGGGUUAGACUAUUUGGCUAUGGCAAAGUUCUUUAAGGGUCUAGCUGGAUGUGGUUCGUGGUGUUGUUUCGAUGAAUUUAAUCGCAUUAACAUCGAAGUCUUGUCGGUCAUUGCGCAGCAGAUUUUGACGAUUAAUGAAGGCAAGAAAGCAGGCGCAGACAAGUUUCUUUUUGAGGGCACAAUGAUUAAAUUAAACACAAGUGCCAACGUCUUUAUUACGAUGAAUCCAGGUUAUGCUGGUCGUGCCGAAUUGCCGGAUAAUCUUAAAGCUUUAUUCCGUCCAUGUGCGAUGAUGGUACCGGAUUACGCUUUGAUUUCCGAGAUCCGACUAUACUCCUUCGGUUUUGCACAAGCUCGGAGUAAUGCUCGUAAACUCACGCAAGUCCUACAGCUGGCAUCUGAACAACUGUCGUCUCAAAAACACUACGACUAUGGUAUGCGUGCAGUCAACUCGAUUCUUGUAGCUACUGGUGCCUUGCGCCAGCAAUUGGGCAACGAUCCAUUCUGGACCGAAGAUAAAAUUGUUCUGCGUUCAGUACAGGAUGUUAACCUUCCCAAGUUUACGUCAGAUGACUUGCCUUUGUUCCGAGGCAUCACGUCAGAUCUUUUUCCUGGUGUCUUAUUACCUCUUCCUGACCAUGGGACACUGCUUCGUCACAUUGAUGAAACGUGUAGUCGAGGCAUUUCGAUCAUACCAGAAGUGAACAUUCCACUGGAGUGCAAACCAGAGUUUAAGCUCAAAGUCGUACAGUUUUACGAGACCGUUCAGGUACGUCACGGACUCAUGAUCGUCGGCACGACCGGGUCUGGCAAAACGUGCGUCGUCCAUACGCUCGCGACAGCAUUGACCUCGUGUUGUUUAGAGGAGAUGGAAACUGUUGGCACAUGUACGAUGUAUCAGCGCGUGCAUAUUCAUACAAUGAACCCCAAAGCUAUCACAAGUGGUCAAUUAUACGGAAACUUUGACGAAAAUACGCAUGAAUGGUCAGACGGAGUGCUUGCGUGUACGUACCGAGCGUGUGCGCGUGAUUUGAGCUCAGAGUUGCAGUGGGUUAUGUUUGAUGGACCGGUUGAUGCCGUCUGGAUUGAAAAUAUGAACACGGUGCUAGACGACAAUAAAAAACUUUGUUUGAUGAGUGGGGAGAUUGUCAAGAUGACUGAUCGGAUGCGUAUGGUAUUUGAGACGGAUGAUCUAGAAGAAGCCUCACCUGCUACUGUUUCACGGGUUGGCAUGGUUUUUUUGGAAGCCAAAGUACUGGGCUGGGACGUGCUAGUACGCACGUGGCUACGCACGCGUUUACCGGUCGCAUUUGUGUCGUACAAAGAGUUUUUAGAGGAGUCUUUUCAAUGGCUUAUACCUCCAAUGCUAUAUUUUGUCGAUAAACACUGUACAGUACCGACGCCAGUCACGUUUCUUGAGCAUACGGCGUCCUUGUUGCGAUUAUUUGAAUGCGCUUUGAAAGAUGGAUUUCCAGACGUUGUUGUAGAAAGCUUGGCAGGAGCUGGAGCUGCUACUUCAAUCGGUAUAGAAGCUGAAGGUACACUUGAGUGUAUAUUGAUCAAGGCCGUGAUCUGGUCUAUCGGUGCAUGCGUUAACACGAAAUCACGCCGCGAAUUUGACCGAUAUUUGCGCGACUUCCUCUCGGCAGAGCUGACAAAGGCAAUUGCCAUGUCUAACAAUAAAGAGAUUGAAGACAAGAUACGUGAUUCUGAUUCUUUGAAGUAUUUUGAGGAUUUUGUAGCCAAAUCACCUUCAUACGUUCUUAAACCGGAUCGAGCAGCAAUGCGUCCAUUUCCUAACGAGGGAUUAGUGUACGACUAUCGCUUUGAUGUACGACGUAAUGUGUGGGUCAACUGGAUGGAAGCUGUGGGUGCAGAUGCUUUCGAGAUCCCACACGAUUCCCAGUUCACGCAAAUUUUGGUACCAACAAUCGACUCGGAGCGCACUGCAUGGCUCUUAGACACUUUCGUACGCCACCGUUUUCAUGUCUUAUGUACGGGAGAUACCGGCACCGGUAAGUCUGUGUCAAUCAAGAAAAAGGUUUUAAGUGGCUUGAAUGCACCUGGUGAGACGGGUGAAUUUGCGUCUUCUAUCAUUUUAAACUUCUCAGCUCAAACUAGUGCAAAUCAAACGCAAGAUUUGAUCGAAGCAAAGUUAGAGAAACGACGUAAAGGCGUUUUGGGACCUCCUGUCGGACAGAGCUGCGUGAUCUUCGUUGAUGACCUCAAUAUGCCUGCGAAAGAGACGUACGGAGCACAGCCACCGAUUGAACUAUUGCGUCAAUGGAUGGGUCAUGGUGGAUGGUACAAUCGUAAGGAUAAUUCGUUUACGCAGCUCGUAGAUCUUCAAUUUCUUGCUGCUAUGGGACCACCUGGUGGAGGUCGUACGCGAAUAACUCAACGAUAUGUACGAUACUUUAACCUCAUCAACUUUGUUCCGUUCGACGACGACUCGCUUCGUACAAUUUUUACAAAAAUCACUGACUGGUUCUUACGAACGUUUGCACACUCAUUAAAACAGCUUGGAAAGGCCGUUGUGAAUGCCACUAUUGACAUUUACAAUUCUAUUUCUCAAGUCUUGUUACCGACGCCAGCCAAAUCGCAUUAUACUUUUAAUUUACGAGAUCUAUCCAAAGUGUUUCAAGGAAUUGCUCAAGCUUCAAGUGAUACAAUUCAAGAUCAUAAUGCCUUUGUUCGAUUAUGGAUGCAUGAAUGUCUUCGUGUUUUUUCCGACCGUUUAAUUGAUGAGAAAGAUCGACUUUGGUUUGCAGAAAACGUUGAGAAAACGGCUCACUCGUAUUUUGAAUUGCAAGAUACAGCUACGACUGUACGCAGUCUGAAUGCACCAUUAAUUUACGGGAACUUUGGUACAGUGGGAAAGAAUGGUGUGAAAAAGUAUACCGAGCUACAAAAUCAAGGCCAGUUACAGAAUGUGAUGCAGAAUUAUUUAGAUGAUUACAAUCAAAUGAGUGCAGCUCCAAUGCGACUUGUAUUGUUUCAAAAUGCUAUCGAGCAUAUUGCACGUAUCUCACGUAUUAUCCAUCAGCCUUUAGGUAAUGCACUACUUGUUGGUGUCGGUGGAAGUGGUCGCAAGAGUCUCACGACACUAGCUGUGUUUAUGGCGGAUUUUAAAUUGUUUCAGAUUGAAAUUUCGAAAUCCUAUUCUAAAACGGAAUGGCGGAAUGAUCUUAAGAAAGUGUGUCAAUUGAGUGGAUUGUAUAAUCAAUCAACUGUCUUUUUGUUUUCUGACACGCAGAUUGUGGAAGAAACUUAUUUGGAAGAUAUCAAUGGACUGUUAAACACUGGAGAAGUCGCUAAUUUAUGGACGAAUGAUGAACUUGCUCAAAUGAAUGAAGCACUCGAAUCUGCAGCUACUGCAGCUGGUGUGAAUGGUGGAAAUAGUACCGAGCUGUAUAAUUUUUUUCUUAGUCGUUGUCGUACAAAUUUGCACAUUGUGUUAGCUUUAUCUCCAAUCGGUGAAGCUUUUCGUCGUCGCUUACGAAUGUUUCCAUCGUUAGUGAAUUGUUGUACGAUUGAUUGGUUUACAGAGUGGCCAGAAGAAGCGCUACGAUCUGUUGCGAAUUCUUUUCUUAUUGAUCUCGAACUUUCAAGUCAGAUUAAACAUGGCAUUGUUAAUGUUUGUGUUGCAAUGCAAGAGAGUAUAAGUGAUUUAAGUCGUGACUUUUUGCAGUCUUUGCGUCGAUAUUACUACGUUACUCCGACGUCAUAUCUCGAGUUACUCAAUACGUUUAAGAAAUUAUUAAAUACCAAACGCGUUGACAUUAUGACGAUGAAACAGCGGUAUGAUAACGGAUUAACAAAGCUCAUGGAAACUGCUGAACAAGUGGAGAAGAUGCAGAUUGAAUUGGAAGCUUUACAGCCAUUACUGAAAGUUGCGACUAUUGAAACGGAUGCGUUGUUAGUGACAAUUUCACGAGAACAAAAGGAAGCGAAUGCAACCAAAGAUGUUGUCAAGGCUGAAGAAACACUUUGUAAUGAUCAAGCAGCCGAAGCGAAUGGGAUUAAAGAAAGCUGUGAAGCGGAACUGGCAGAAGCCAUUCCAGCAUUGGAAAAUGCCGUGAAAGCUUUGCAAACGUUAACGAAAGGCGAUAUUACAGAAAUCAAAGCAAUGAAAAAGCCGCCGGAUGGUGUGAAACUUGUGAUGGAAGCCGUUUGUAUUAUGAUGCGAGUGCCACCAGUUAAGAUCAAAGAUCCAGCGGGAGGUACGAAGAAAGUCGACGAUUACUGGGCGCCAGCUCAAAAAACGUUGCUUGGAGACACGAGAUUUUUACAAAAUUUACUAGAAUAUGAUAAGGAUAAUAUUCCCGUUGAAGCAAUGGAAAAAGUGCGACCUUAUGCUUUGAAUCCCGAUUUCCAAGCGGAGAAAAUUCGGAAAGCAUCGGUCGCUGCUUCUGGACUUUGUAGUUGGGUACAUGCGAUGGUUGUGUACGACCGUGUGGCUAAAAUUGUGGCACCGAAACGUGAAGCAUUAAAAGCGGCGACAUUGGCGCUUGAGAAAGCUCAGAGUGAAUUAAAGAUCAAACAGGAUGCACUUGAAUUAGUACUGGACAAAGUUGCACGACUGGAAGAAAAUUUAGCUGCUGCAUACAAGAAAAAGAGCGAUUUGGAGGCACAAGUAGACGAUUGUUCGACGAAGUUAACAAGAGCAACGCAGCUUAUUGGUGGAUUAGGAGGCGAGAAGGCGCGAUGGUUUGAUAUGUCGGCACGACUACAGAUUGUAUACGAUAACGUGGUGGGAGAUAUCAUGCUAGCGUCAGGUGUCAUUGCGUACCUUGGAGCAUUUACUAGCGUGUAUCGUGAUCGUUCAGUACGACAAUGGUGUACCGAACUUACAAAACAAUCGCUAGCAUGCUCCAAAACGUUUACAUUAACAGAGACACUUGGAGAUGCGGUACAAAUUCGGGAAUGGACGAUUGCAAAGCUUCCUAAUGAUUCGUUUUCGAUUGAGAAUGCUAUUAUGUUGCAACGUAGUAAUCGAUGGCCAUUGAUGAUUGAUCCACAAGGACAAGCGAAUCGAUGGGUGAAAAACAUGGAGGAAAGCAAUAGUUUAAAAGUAAUCAAACAGUCUCAAGCAGGUUUUGUACGGACACUUGAAAAUUCUGUUAUGAUUGGAGCUGCGCUCUUGAUUGAAAAUGUUCCGGAAGAGAUUGAUCCAAUGCUUGAACCAAUUUUACUAAAACAAAUUGUCAAGACUGGUAGUGUAGCAACUAUCCGUUUAGGAGACAAUACGGUUGAAUACGAUGAAAGUUUUCGAUUGUAUCUGACGACUAAAUUACGAAAUCCACAUUAUCCUCCCGAGACAUGUGUCAAAGUGAAUUUGCUUAAUUUUAUGGCGACUGAAGAAGGACUACAGGAUCAAAUGCUUGGGAUUGUCGUUGCAAAGGAAGAACCGGUUUUGGAACAACAGCGAGAACAAUUAGUGUUGGAGGAUGCAGCGAAUAAAAAGACGUUGAAAGAGAUCGAAGAUCAGAUUCUGUACUUACUCCAAACGGCUAAAGGGAACAUUCUCGACGAUGAACGAUUGAUUGAAACAUUAAAUGCUUCCAAACUAACUGCAAACAAGAUUCAAGAUAAAGUUCGCGAAGCAGCUAAAACUCAACAUUUGAUUGCCGAGAAACGACAAGGAUACUUACCAGUGGCAUUUCGAGCAUCUCAACUCUUUUUUUCAAUUGCAGAUCUUAUUGUCAUUGAUCCCAUGUACCAAUACGCCCUCGAGUGGUUUAUUAAUCUCUUUAUCUUUUCAAUCAGUCGAGCUGAGAGGUCAGGAAUCUUAACAACGCGUCUCAAUCAUCUCAAUGACGCAUUUACAUUCAUUUUAUAUCAAAAUGUCUGUCGUUCAUUGUUUGAAAAAGAUAAAUUGCUCUUUGCUUUUUUAGUCACAAUUAAAAUCUUGGUAGGAAAUGGAACGAUUGACACAAUGGAGUUACGCUACUUUUUCACUGGAAAUACCCAAAUGGAAGUAGCAAAACGUAAUCCUCUGCAUUCUAGUUCAUGGCUUCAUGAGAAAUUAUGGGCAAAUAUUAUUGGAUUAGAUGCUUUACCAUCCUUUUCAGGCUUUAGUGACACUUUCGUGACGGAAUUAAGUGUUUGGGAAAGUGUUUACAACUCUAGUGAUCCUGCAGAAACGUUAGCAACUCUUUCAAGUGUUGCAUCGUUUGACGCGUUCCAGCGUCUUCUUGUGCUUCGGUGUUUACGCCCCGAUAAAGUCAUUCCAGCAAUAAUGUCGUUUGUUGCUUUCGAAAUGGGACAGCGAUUUAUUGAACCUCAACCAUUUGAUCUGAAAGCUGGUUAUGACGAUUCAACAUGUUCAACACCGUUGAUUUUUGUACUAACGCCCGGUGCUGAUCCAAUGUCUGAAUUGUUAAAAUUAGCAGCGGAGUUAAAUUUUCAGAAGAAGUUUGUCGCCAUUUCACUUGGUCAAGGUCAAGGACCUUUGGCUGAAAAUGCUAUUGCUGAAGCGAUUGAUAAUGGCACAUGGGUCUGUUUACAGAAUUGUCACUUGUCACUGAGUUGGCUCCCAACGUUGGAGAAAAUUUGUGAAGAAAUCACUCCAGAUCGUGUUCAUGCAAGUUUCCGAUUGUGGCUUACAAGUGAACCUACACCUGCUUUUCCAUCGUAUAUUCUUCAACAUGGCGUGAAAAUGACGAAUGAACCUCCAAAGGGAAUGCGUGCGAAUCUGAAAGGUUCAUACUUGACAAUUGAUGAUCAAUGGAUUGCAACUUGUUCUCGACCUCUUGAGUUAAAAAAACUCUUGUUUGGACUUUGUUUCUUUCACGCUGUCGUACGCGAACGAACCAAAUUUGGACCUUUGGGAUGGAACAUUCGCUACGUUUUUUCGUCCUCAGAUCUCGCCAUUUCAAAAGAUCAACUUAAACUUUCGUUGAAUGAACUUCAGCCAGGUGAUCCAAUUCCGUACGCUGCUUUAGCCUAUUUAGCUGGAGAAUGUAAUUAUGGUGGUCGAGUCACGGACGAUAAAGAUCGACGAUGUCUCAAUACAAUCCUUUCGGAUUUCUACACGCCGGAAAUUUUGUCAGAUACUUACACAUUUUCACCUUCGGGUAUCUACUACGCACCACCAGCAACCAACUCAUUGUCGGUAUUUCUAAGCUACAUCGACCAAUUGCCAUUAAAUGAAGGACCGGAAGUCUUUGGAUUGCAUGAUAAUGCCAAUAUUUCGACUGCAAUUUCAGAAACGACUUUACUUUUGGAAUCCGCUUUGUCACUUCAACCACGAGGAGCAUCGGGAGCUCAUGCUGCUCAAUCGUGGGACGAAAUUAUUGCUGAAACUGCUCGUGAUAUUGCAUCAAAACUCCCUCCUCUUUUCGAUUUGGAAAAAGCAGAGCUAGCGUUUCCAGUGUCUUAUUCCGAAUCUAUGAAUACUGUUUUAACCCAGGAGUUAGGACGAUUUAAUCGAUUGUUGGCUUUAUUGCAUACGACAUUAGCAGAGUUACAAAAAGCUAUUAAAGGACUUGUUGUCAUGUCUGCUGAGCUUGAAGCAAUGGGUAAUAGUAUAGUUAAUGGCCACGUACCAGCUCGAUGGUCGGCAGUUGCGUAUCCAUCUCUUAAACCUUUAGGAAGCUGGGUCACGGAUUUCUUGGCACGUUUAAGCUUUUUACAAAAUUGGGUGACACUUGGCAAAGCUCCACGAGUCUUUUGGUUGUCGGGAUUCUUUUUUACACAAGCGUUUAUCACAGGCACACAACAAAACUACGCACGAAAACAUAAAUUACCAAUUGAUCAGAUAGGUUACGAUACAAUUGUUCUUUCUCAAUCAUCGUCGGACCUGACACAAGCUGCAGAGGACGGGGCAUACGUUGAUGGAUUAUUUCUUGAAGGUGCGCGAUGGGAUGGCGAAUACCACGCUCUUGUCGAGUCAAGACCUCGAGAAUUGUAUGUUAGCUUUCCAAUAUUGCACUUGUUACCAAAAGCUCGUGAUCAGAUUGAACCAAUUCAAGACACGGAUCCGAAAGGGACAGCGCACGUGUAUCUUUGUCCAGUGUACAAAACUUCAAAGCGUCAAGGCACAUUGUCAACAACUGGUCACUCAACGAAUUUUGUCAUGUCAGUGAGAUUGCCAAUGAGUGUUGAGCAUCGACAGAAACAUUGGAUUAGACGUGGUGUUGCCUUACUUACUCAACUCGGCACUUGA